AUGCCAGACGGUACCGCAGGGGGUCCUCAAAGGGCUUCUCAAGAGAAAGUAGACGCCUGUCGAAAUGCCCUAUUCCUCACCGACCCAAUCAUCGAUCGGGAGACUCUCAAAAGCACAAAGGGCGAGAGGACUGCCGGCACCUGCGAAUGGAUCAAAGACAAUGAAACCUACAAGUCUUGGCUUGAAGGCAGCCCGCAAUGUCUUUGGAUCUCCGGCAAGCCCGGUAAAGGAAAGACAAUGCUCUCGAAUUUCUUAAUUGAAGAGCUUGAGACCCAUACUCAAGGAAUGAAGGACACAGUGUUGUUCUACUUUUGCAGCCAUCAAGAUGAGAAGCGCAACAGCGCGGUGGCCGUCCUUAGGGGCCUGGCGUACCAGCUAGUCAGAGAGCGCCGAGAGCUCUCCAAGGACGUCCUAUCAUGGUUCGAGAGUCCAGAGAGAACUCAAACGACGUUGUCUUCUGCCGAAGCCCUCUGGAUCAUAUUUAGGACGCUCCUACAAGCUCCCGACCUUAGCACGGUCUUCUGUGUGCUUGACGGACUCGAUGAAUGCGACGAGGCGUCGGCAAGACUUCUAGUUGACAAAUUUUGCCAGUACUUUUCGCCGAAGAGUUCACAGCCAAGUGGUGGGCUGCUCAAAUUGGUAAUUGUUAGCCGGAACAUUGCUAGACUGAAUGCGUUCCCCCAAGUGAAGCUGGAUCCUGACAACGACGGGCAUGUGGGCAGCAACAUUGAAUUGUUCAUCUCUGCCAAAGUUCAAGAACUUGAAAGGGUACAGGGAUUCAACUCUAUUCGCAAGAAGGUCGAGGGUGCUCUUCUAAGUGGAGCCGACGGUACCUUCCUCUGGGUUGGCUUCGUUAUGGGAGAGCUGUCAAAGAUAAAUACAUGUGAAGAAAUCAUGCAGACGCUGUACAGUUUUCCGCUAGGACUAGACGCAGUUUACAACCGAAUGUUACGGCAGAUCGAAAGCAGUCGACAGGGCACUGCCUCCAAAAUCUUGCGUUGGGUUACGAUGGCUCUUCGGCCUCUGGCGUUGCAAGAAUUAACCGCUGCUAUCUUCCCGUCCACUAAACAUGUCAGUGACCAAGCCAUUCGCGAUCACAUCACUUUAUGUGGGCCGAUCCUCGAGAUCCAUAACCAGCAAGUCCACCUUGUCCACCAAUCAGCUAAGGACUAUUUACUGCCAGAGAAGCCUGGAUACGACACAAUACAAGAGAAAUUUCGCAUCAGAGUAGAAGAGGCGCAUGCCGAACUAGCAAGAACAUGUCUUCAUUACAUUGAGAACAGCGACUUACGCAAAAGGCCUCUGGUUAUCUGGGGAGCAUCUGUUCAGCGGCAAUGGCCACUGUUAGACUACGCAACACUGCACUGGCCGGAACACGCAAGGCAGUCUUCCACACAUUCGGACGAUGGCGUUGACCUCACAUGGCCGUUCUUCCAAGAAACUUCCAUUGUACGGAUGAACUGGUGGGUGACCUACCAAAUGGCAAAUGGCAGGAUUACUCCGGAUCCUGAUUGCUUACCUUUGUUGCACAUGUUUUCUUAUUUCGGGAUUGAGCCAUUAGCUCGGAAGCUUCUGUUAAAGACAACCUGGGACUCGACGAUUUUCCGCAAGUCUGUGAAUAAGAAGGACAAGUAUGGCAGGACGGCGCUAUUCCAGGCCGCCUGGAGAGGGCACAAGGAAAUCAUCCAGCUGCUGCUCGAGAAGGGCGCCGAUGUAAAUGCGAAGGACGACUACGGCGGGACGGCGCUAAUCCAGGCCGCUAAGGGAGGGCACGAGGCAAUCGUCCACCUACUACUCAAGAAGGGCGCCUUUAUGAAUAUGAGAGACGACUACGUCGGGACGGCGCUGAGCACGGCCGCCGAGGGAGGGCAUGAUGCAAUCGUCCAGCUGCUGCUCGAGAAGGGCGCCGAUGUAACUAUAAAGGACAUCGACGGCCGGACGGCGCUGACCUGGGCCGCCGAGGGAGGGUACGAGGCAAUCGUCAAGCUACUACUCGAGAAGGGCGCCGAUAUGGAUACGAAGGACAAGUAUGACGGCACGGCGCUGAUCACGGCCGCCGAGAGAGGGUUCGAGGCAAUCGUCCAGCUGCUACUCGAGAAGGGCGCCGAUUUUACUAUUAAGGACGACCAUGGCUGGACGGCGCUGACCUUGGCCCUCCAGGAAUUUCACGAGGCAAUCGUCCAGCUGCUACUCGAGAAGGGCGCCGAUGUAACUAUAAAGGACGACCACGGCUGGACGGCGCUGACCUGGGCCCUCCAGGAACACCACAAGGCAAUCGUCCAGCUGCUGACCGAGAAAGGCGCCCAUUGA